AGAUUUCAUGAAGCAAAAAUGAUUGAAACUCGGUCACGCUACAUCAUCAACCGUCCAGCUUAUUCUAGCAACUACUUUGAUGAAGAGUUUGACAGGAAAAGUAGAAGUUACCCCCUUGGAGAGAAAAUAAAGAGUCUUUUCAGAUGUUCACCAUCCAGACUCAAGCUCAUCCUUUACAGUCUAUUUCCCAUACUUGUAUGGCUUCCAAAAUACAAAAUCAGAGAUUACAUUGUGCCUGAUGUCCUUGGUGGAGUAAGUGCUGGAACUAUUCAAGUACCUCAAGGCAUGGCUUUUGCCCUGCUGGCCAACCUACCUCCAGUCAAUGGGCUCUAUUCUUCUUUCUUUCCUUUGAUUACCUAUUUUUUGCUAGGAGGUAUUCAUCAGAUGGUCCCAGGUACAUUUGCAGUCAUCAGUAUUAUCGUAGGAAAUGUCUGCCACGAGCUGGCUCCGGAUUCUGAAUUUCAAUACUUUAACCACACAGCCAAUGAAAUUAUGGUUAACAACACAGCCAUGGAAGCAGCCAGAUUGGAGAUCUCUGCCACCUUGGCUUGUCUGACAGCCAUAAUACAAAUAUGCCUAGGAUUUGUGCAGUUCGGCUUUGUAGCCAUCUACCUUUCAGAAUCCUUCAUUAGGGGUUUUAUGACAGCAGCUGGUCUACAGAUCCUAAUCUCGGUUCUCAAGUAUAUUUUUGGUCUGAAGAUUGAAGCCUACACAGGACCCCUUGCCAUUGUCUAUACAUUUAUUGAUAUUUGCAAAAACCUGUCGAAAACCAAUGUGGCUUCCUUGGUGUUUGCUCUGAUCAGUUCUGUGCUUCUCAUCAUUGUGAAAGAGCUAAAUAUGAAAUAUAUGAAGAAGAUUCGAGUCCCAAUUCCCAUGGAGAUCGUUAUAGUCAUUGUGGCUACAGUCAUUUCUGGAAGCUUUAAUAUGCCUAAGAAAUAUGACAUGCCAAUUGUUGGACCUAUUAAUAUGGGGUUUCCAUCUGCCACACUUCCUCUAGUGGGCAAAUGGAAAGAUAUGAUUGGCCCAGCUUUUUCACUUGCCAUUGUGGGCUACGUGAUCAACCUAGCCAUGGGCAGAACCCUUGGUAACAAGCACGGCUACGAUGUGGACCCAAAUCAGGAAAUGUUGGCCCUGGGCUGCAGUAACUUUUUUGGAUCCUUUUUUAAAAUCCAUGUGAUCUGCUGUGCGCUUUCAGUCACCUUAGCUGUGGAUGGAGCUGGUGGAAAAUCUCAGGUGGCAAGUUUUUGUGUAGCAUUGGUGGUAAUGAUGACCAUGUUGUCUUUGGGAAGCUAUCUUAGCCCUCUUCCAAAGGCUGUUCUAGGAGCUUUGAUAGCUGUAAAUUUGAAGAAUUCUCUCAAGCAACUGACUGAUCCAUAUUACCUCUGGAAAAAAAGCAAGUUGGAUUGUAUGGUUUGGGUGGUGAGCUUCCUAUCAGCAUUCUUCCUAGGCUUGCCUAUUGGACUCGCUGUGGGAGUGGGUUUUUCCAUCCUAGUGGUAGUUUUCCACACCCAGUUUCGCAAUGGUUCUGUCCUCGGCCCUGUAGCUUCUACUGAUAUAUAUAAGAACCCCAAAGUCUACAGCAAGGUUCAAGAAAUAGAAGGGAUUAAAAUUGUCACCUACUGCUCCCCAUUAUAUUUUGCUAAUUCAGAAAUAUUCAGGGAGAAAGUUAUCGCAAAGACUGGUGUGGAUCCCAUCAAAGUCUACUUGGCCAGAAAAAAGUUUGUGAAAAAUCAAGAAAAGGUGACAGCAGUACAGAAAACAAGCAAAUUCAAAUCUAUCUUCAGAAAAGACAAGACUGUGUCUCUGCAAGAACUUCAUAAGGAUUUUGAAAGCACCUCUCCAACAGAUACCAAUAAUAACCAGACAGCUGCCAAUGGCAACAGCAUCUCCUAUAUUGUCUUCAACCCAGCUGUGAACUCUUUACAUCCAAAUAAUACCUCAUGUGAACAGAGAAACACAGCUGAUCAUAGGAACAGCAACUGCAGCAUUAAUCCAGCCUCCGGAAUUGAUCCUAUGAACCUUGCACCCCCUUUUGUGAACUUCCACACCAUUAUUCUUGACAUGAGUGGAGUUUGCUUUGUGGAUCUGAUGGGCACAAAAGCUUUGGGAAAGCUUUGUACCAACUAUCAAAGGAUUGGGAUUAAGGUCUUUCUUGCAAAUAUACCUGCUCAAGUGUACGAUGAUAUUCGCAUUGGUGGAGUCUUUGAAGAAGGAGGUCUUGAGCCUUGUCACCUCUUUGUGUCCAUCCAUGAUGCUGUUUUGUUUGCAACAAUGAACAGCAGCAGAGCUCCUUGUCAUUCUGUCCUAGAACAGAGGUCAAAUCAGAUCGAAGUCUCUGUUUCAGAUGAAUCUCUGGAAGAUAGCAGUGCUGAAUUCCAAAAUUUGGAAGAGGAAAUGUUUGGAAGCAUUUUUCAUUCGGAAACACAAACAGCGCUGUGA